GCCUGCAUUAAAUCCACAAAAUAUUUUUAUGUAAUGUCAAUAAAACUAAAUAUAUCUCUACUCAUUAAUAAAUAAAGUAUUUUAUAAAUAAAUUAAAUGAGAAUAAAUUUUCUCAAAUAAUACUCAGCAACUGGUUUUAAAAAUGUCAUCAUUCUUUACAAUUUAUCAUAAUCAUCGUACUUGACAAUAUUUUAUUAUUAAAUUGUAAAUUCUCUGUGACGUUUUAUAUUAUCACGCAAUCAGCUGAUACUCCGGUGGUCUAAAUAAUUAUUUUCAUUAAAUUAAUUAUUCCUCACAACAGACAACAAUUGUUCAUAAAAUUAAUUACGUCAAAAUAAUCAUAAAUAUUCACAUGUGACUUUUUUUUUACAAAUAAUUUAUCUAGAUUUAAGAUUCAAUAGCUGGCGUGAGUGUCUACGUGACAUUUCCGAUAACAUUCACCUAGAAAAAAAAAUAAAAUAUAUAUCUACAGUCAGCAUCGUCACUGAGAAACUAUUAAAUUAUUUGUGAUAAACGUACGUUUGAUAAUUAAAAGUUAACGAUGGGUAAUGCCAGUAGUAAUCAGCCAGGUCAUCACCAUGGCAGUGCAAUAACUAAGGACACACAUCGACAGAGUAAAGACCAUCCGCCCCCUUCGCCUGGUAGAGAUGGUCAAGCAUUUACAUUCUCGAAAAAACCAAACAAAAAAUUAGUUUUCCAAACUUCUAACGAGGAGGAAGAGCCAUAUUUAUCAAAGGAAGACGAUGAAGAUCCAGGACGGCCAAGAUCAAAUACUAUCUCCGAAGGCAGUAAAAUAGUCGUACAGUCACCGGAUCCACCAAAAUCCCUACCAACUGUAUUUAAAUGGGAAGGUGGUGGCAAGGAAGUCUACAUCGGCGGUUCAUUUACACAGUGGAGGAAAAUCCCGAUGGUCAACAGUCAUGGAGAUUUUGUUACGAUCAUUGAUUUACCUCUUGGAGAUCAUGAGUAUAAAUUUUACGUCGAUGGUGAAUGGAAAUGUGAUCCUACUAUCCAAAAUGUUGAUAAUGAAGGAAAGAAAAAUAAUCUUGUUACUGUAAGAAAGUCAGACUUUGAAGUAUUCCAAGCUCUUGCUAAAGACAGUGAAGGAGGUUCAAGUAGCAUACAAACGGAAUUUUGUCAAGAAGUUCCGGCACAGAAACCUUGGGACAGAGUACCUGGACCACCAGUUUUGCCGCCUCAUUUACUCCAAGUCAUUUUAAAUAAAGACACACCACUAUCGUGUGAACCAACACUCUUGCCAGAACCAAAUCACGUAAUGCUAAAUCAUCUUUAUGCUCUGAGCAUAAAAGAAAGCGUAAUGGUAUUGUCAGCAACUCAUCGUUAUCGUAAAAAAUACGUCACAACUCUGCUGUACAAGCCGAUAUAAAAAUAAUAAUAAUAACAAAUAUUUUAUUGCCAUAUGUAUGAUUGAUGGACGACAAUACGAUCACAUCGAUCUUUGUUGUAGAGAAUCAUGGUAUGAUUUUAAUUAAGAUUUAUAUUAUAUUUUAUUUUAUUUUGUUAGGUAUGAGGUCUAAUAUUUAAUCGUUAACAGAAGGAAUUUAAGAUAAAAAAAUUUAACAAGUGAGAUUUCUUUUAAAGAUUAAUUAUCAAUAUUGGCAAUUUUAUUGUCAUAAUUAUUGUAAUUUGAUAUUUAUUUUUCAUGUAAUCU